AUGGGAUGGACGGAGAAGAAGAGACGGGCAUGGUUAACGUGGAGAAGAAAUAUAGCCGUAGAUGACUGUAUCCUUGUCCUUGAGGUGCUUGAACAGGCAUAUAAAGAGUCACUGCUCUCCCGCUCGCUCAGUCAACAGUCUACUCUACUCGACACUAACAAGAUACCAGCAGCACACAUCUACUUCUACCCACAGACUAACCAAGAUGCCAAUGUUCGUACAGAAGCACUCCUAUCAACAAUACAAGGAUACAAAGAUACAUACUAA